AUGUUUUCUAAUCAAGUUUCUGCGAUCUCUCAUUCAACAUCUGAUCAGCCUAAUCCACCACAAACAACUGGUAGUCAAUCGGAAAUACGUUGUGAAUACUGUCGACGAAAAUGGAAGAAGAUUUUUUUGACAAGUCUAGCAACAGCAUUAAUGAUGACCAUAUGCGUUAUCGUUUCAAUAAUUAUCGCAAAGAAACAUUCAGAUCUAUUGGUUACUGUAGCAAGACGGACAACAACAACAAGUGUUACCACAACAGCUGUGACGACGACGACAACAAGUGUUACGACAACAACUGCUACAACCAUGUCCACGAAAGUACGAANGAUGACCAUAUGCGUUAUCGUUUCAAUAAUUAUCGCAAAGAAACAUUCAGAUCUAUUGGUUACUGUAGCAAGACGGACAACAACAACAAGUGUUACCACAACAGCUGUGACGACGACGACAACAAGUGUUACGACAACAACUGCUACAACCAUGUCCACGAAAGGAUGGACAACGGCAGCAGAACUAAACAUCAAUCGGAAGCGACAUACAGCAACUGUAUUGCAAAAUGGAAAGGUAUUGAUCACUGGUGGACACAAUGACAGUGGUGUCCUUCGUGAAUGUGAACUAUAUGAUCCAUCAACAAAUCGAUGGACACUCGCUGCAUACAUGUCUGUCGCAAGGACAGAGCACACCGCAUCUUUACUGAGUAAUGGUUUAAUCCUAGUGAGUGGUGGUGAAAAUUUUGAUGGAUUUCUCUCGAUUGCUGAACUGUAUGAUGUAUCAGCGAAUAGAUGGACAAAUAUAAGAAGCAUGACCCAGAAACGAGCUCGGCACACAGCCACUGUGCUGCAGAGUGGAAAAGUGCUCGUUACAGGUGGCUGGAGGAAAGGAGAAGGGCCUCUGUAUACUGCUGAACUAUACGAUCCUCAGACUGGUGUUUGGGCAGCUAUUCUAAACAUGAACUGCAGUCAUGCAUAUCAUCAAGCAUCGUUGUUAACAAAUGGAAAAGUACUAAUCACUGGUGGAGUCGGUUUUUGCUCCAUAGGCAUGUUCCGAAAGACGAGUGAGUUGUAUGAUCCGAAAGCAGAUGCAUGGAUCAGAACAAAUGACAUGAACGUUGAGCGUGAAGGUCACACAGCAACUGUGCUCCAAGAUGGAGGUGUGCUGGUAACUGGUAGAAGUGGUCUACCCGAAGCGAUGCGGAACUCUACUGAAUUGUUCGACCCUUUGACGAAUCAAUGGAACACAACACGUAGUAUGAACACCCCACGCUAUGGUCAUUCCGCGAUUUUGUUACCAAGUGGAAAAGUCUUAGUCGUUGGCGGAUUCUCCAGUGCCUCUUCAGACAGUGCUGAACUGUACGAUCCAUCUACUGGCACUUGGACAGCCACUGGCAACAUGAGAUAUCAUCGCUCUUAUCAUACAGCAUCUUUGCUGACUAGUGGAAAAGUCUUGGUUGUUGGCGGAUCUUUGGGUCCUCCUGAUGGAAUCACAGAAGUAUACGACAGCGAAAUGUAA